AGAAUUAUCUGUGGGAAAAUCCGCGGAAAGAUUGCGCAGGCUGCCGCCAAGAAGUAGCGCGAGAGAUGGCAGCGCAGCAAAAGCGCGUCUUUACUUCCGAGAAGGUGGAAAGUGGGACCCAGGCAACCAAAGAAAGACGCCGAAGCAUCCUUCAACAUUAUGCGAUAUUAUGCCUCCGAUUCCGAUAUUCCAAUUCCGAACGUUAGGAUCCUUCCUCCGGCUAACGAUCUGGCGAAAAUCCGAAUUUUUAUUUCAAAAUCACGUCAAGAUUCUUGGGUUUCAAUCCCCAAGUGGAACUAAAACGAUUGGUUUUGUCCACACAGUUGUAGAUUCCGGUAACAUAGAGUUCCAGCAAUACCCAGAUCAACAAUCUGCUAUUGGACUGCAAAACACCCUCAGAAAUCAUAGAAAAAGCUCGUUGGAAGAAAUUGAGUUAGCUCUUGACCAAGUCAAGAUUGCAGUGACUGAGGAUUUGAUAUUGGAUGUGCUUAAGCGUAACAGUUCUGAUUGGAAACUGGCUUAUGCAUUCUUCAAAUGGGUAUCUAGAGAAGUUGGUGAUUCACUCGGUGCUGGCGUUUAUAAUGGGGUUCUGGAUAUUCUUGGUAAAAUGCAUCGUUUUGAGGAGGCAACCCAAAUGUUCGAUGAAAUGUCAAAAAGAGAAGGAAUUGUUAAUGAGGACACUUACAGGGUUUUGCUUAAUAGAUACGCUGCUGCGGACAAGGUGGAGGAAGCGCAGGGUUUAUUUCACAGGAGGAAAGAGUUUGGGAUUGAGCAUGAUUUGGUUCCAUUCCAAAUGCUUUUAAUGUAUCUGUGUAGGUAUAAGCAUGUAGAGAUUGCAGAAACUCUGUUUCACUCUAAAAAGGCGGAGUUUGGUUUUGAUAUAAAGACCUUGAAUAUUAUUCUCAAUGGAUGGUGUGUUUUGGGGAAUGUGCAUGAGGCGAAGAGGUUUUGGAAGGACAUAGUUGAAUCAAAAUGCAAGCCGGAUAUGUUUACAUUUGCAACUUUUAUAAAAGCAUUGACAAAGAAGGGGAAAAUAGGCACAGCAUUGGAGUUGUUUCGAGGAAUGUGGGAUACGGGGUGUAAGCCGGAUGUGGUGAUUUGCAAUUGCAUUAUUGAUGCACUUUGUUUCAAGAAAAGGAUUCCUGAAGCAUUGGACGUCUUCAAGGAGAUGAGUGAUCGAGGUGUUUUCCCAAACGUCGCUACUUACAACUCACUUGUCAAGUAUCUAUGUAAGAACCGAAGGAUGGAAAAGGUCUAUGAGAUGUUGGAUGAGAUGGAAGAAAAGAAAGGAAUGUGUUUGCCAAAUGACAUUACUUUCAAUUACUUGCUCAAGUCCUUGAAAGAACCAGAGGAAGUUACUGGGGUUUUGGAGAGAAUGGAGAGAAAUGGAUGCAAGAUGACUGUUGACACAUACAAUUUGAUCUUGAAGUUGUACAUGGAUUGGGAUCAUGAAGAGAGAGUUGGAUGUACAUGGGAUGAGAUGGAGAAAGGCGGAUUAGGACCAAACAGGUGUUCUUAUACCAUCAUGAUACAUGGGCUGUAUGACAAGGGUAGGUUUGGGGAUGCUCUGAGUUACUUUAACGAGAUGACAUUGAAGGGAAUGGUACCAGAGCCAAGGACCAAGAUUUUAGUGAAUACCAUGAACAUCAAGUUGAAAGAGCAAGAAAGCAAAGGAGGAAAGAAAGAUGCAGUAAACAGUGGCAGCAAAACUCCACACUCAAGGCGGAAAGAGAGAAGGGUGAGAGCUGGGUAACACUACUUUGAAAUUGUAGCUGCCAAGCUAACUAAACAACCAGAGCAAUUUUGUUGAAAUCAUUUGAGGAGCAUGCACUUUUAACUAAAGCUACAAGCUCAAAUGCAACUGGAAGCCCUUUCAGAUGUAAUAAUAUUUCUUCAAGUUAUUAUUAUAAUAUAAUUUUUAUAAUUGU